CAGGCUUUGAACAGCCUCUCGUCGAUAAACGCAUCAAUGACAAUGGCGCCCUUGAAGCUGGAGUUUAUCUCGAGCUAGAAGAAAAUGCUAGGAGGCCACUUGUAAUUGUUCCAUGCAAUGCCCAGGUUCAUUGCUGCAAACAUUUGGCAGUCAAUUGGAGAGUGGCAUACAUGGUGAAUCGCACAGAGGAGUUGCCAUGCGCGCCGACGCUGUAGCGAGGGGCUUCGAAGCGGCCUCCAAAAGCGCGCAUGACUUUAGCAGCAGUUUUGGAAGGCAGUCCAGCGUGUUUUCAUCCUGCCGCUGGAGUUACUUAUCUUCUCGACCUGCUGGCAAGCAGACAGAGAGAGUACGAAGUGUGCACACACAGUCGGGGCGCACAAAUGAAAGGCACCAAGCGCCCAUGUUCGACGUGUCCCCAAAAGUGGUGACCGCGAAGAAGGCAGCAAAAGAAGUGAACACUGAAGACACUAGUCACCAGAGAAUUGCAAAUGGGGGGGCCAAAAAGGUUGCUCGUGCCCCACUUGCCCCUAGGAGUGGGGAAAAAACUGCGCCAAAUGCGAACGGAAGAAAGCGCAGCACAUCACCUUUUGCCAAGCUGGGGCCCCUGUUAGGGGAGGAGGCAAAGUUAGAAAACUCUGAGGGGACGGCAAAGAGGGCAUACGGGCGUGGUCAAGGGGCGAAGGCACCGGAGCAAAGUACAGGGGAGCAGCAUGAAAGGAGCGGACAAAUGAAGGGUGGCAAACUAAGCGGAAAGCAGGAUCUUGGUUACAGGACAGAUUCUGAUGCGGUGGCUGAGAAGCUUGGAGGGGCCUCUCAAAAAGAGAGCCAAGCCUCUUCAGCGGAAUGGGAGAGGGGGGCUAGCAGCGGCCCAAUGGACGGGGUCCCGUCCUCGUCUGGGCGCUCAGCUGAAUUUGUAGGUCGAAAAGCGCACCUCCGUAAAGCAGUCAGCAAUGCGGAGCCAGCCAUAGGCAUGCCUUUUGAGCCAAAAAACGACUUUUUGCAAGCAGAAAGGGAUAAAGUUAUCGAAAGCAGUGUUUGUAGAAAAGCUACAUCUCAGCGGGGGGCCCCACUGGGGCCGAGGAGCAUCGAACUGCGUUCCGACGACCCUGAAAGCGGGUCAGUGACGUCAGCGGAUGAUGAGGAGUCGGACCCCCUAGACUGGUUUGACGUUGGAAGCCUGAGUGACUCCGAGACGCCAGACGAAGAUAUUCCCUUCUCCCCCCCUCCUAAGAAGCUCGGGUCUCCACCCCCCUCCAGCGAAAUUAUCGCAGAUCUCGAUCCCGAUGCCCCAAUCCUCCAGCCCCAGCGACAACAGCCCCCUCCACGUCAGCGCCUCGUCAGCCCCGCUCGACAGACCGCUGACGUCAGCGCCCGCCGGGGGGCGACACGUGUUGCCACCUCCCGCAUCCUUGAAGCCUCGGACUUUGCCGAGAGGACAUCGGUGGACCUUCUUCAUUGGGGCGGGGAUGCUGACGUGGCACCAGCGGUGCCGAUUUACAGUAAGCAGCGGGGGGGAGAAAGGGGGGCGCAGCGACCCCCCUGGAAGCGCGAACGGCACAAGGCGAAGACGCAUGAGGAUCAUCGAAGGAGGGCGCUAGAAAGGAAGAGCCAGCUGGCAUUGGCGGGGCUGCCGCUGCAUCUAGAGGCGGACGACAAUGAAGAGGAUCUGGAAUUGGAAACCGAGGCGAAAGCCGAGCCGAAGAGCGAGCCCCAGAGCUACUCCGGCAGGCGGUGUGAGGUGUGCCGGCGGCUCAAGAAAGGCGGGUGCGGGACGGCCCAUGCGCGGCCGGGGUGCUUGAAGCGACUGCUCCUCUUCCCCCAGGCCGAGGAAGAGGAGGUCGAAGCAUCGACGUCGUUCUCUUUCGAAGACCAGGCCGCAGACGAAGUGUGGCGCUCGCUGGGGCUCCCUGGCGAGACCCGGCUGAUGUGUCGCUACUUGCACAGUUUGGGCCUUGACCGGGCCGAUCUGGCGAAGCUACUCAACAAGACCGCCAGCACGUUUCGUCUGAGCGUCGCGCCAGUGAAAGCGCGCGUCGACUUUUUGAGGUCGAUCGGGGUGGACGGAAACGGCAUCCGUUCCUUGAUCCUGCGACAGCCCAACGUGCUGCGAUUGCGAGUCGACCGGGUCAUGCAGCCAAGGAUUGACUUCCUCAAGCGGCUGGGCGUGCCAGAGGACGGCAUCGCAGACGUCAUCAUGAGGAACCCGUCGCUUCUGUAUGUCAAAGAGGAGACACUGGACUCCAAAGUCAAGUUCUUGACGGAAACGAUCGGCAUACCGCAGUCUAAGGUGGUCGACAUUGCGCGGCGUCACCCUCAAAUUUUCGUGAAGAACAUCGAGGCCGGGUUGCAACCGACAGUGGACUACUUCGUUAAGGAGGUAGGCGUUUCCCGAGACGCAUUUGCGAAAAUGGUGUCGCACCACCCGCAACUGCUGCACUACAGUCUGGCCGACGGCAUCAAGCCGCGGAUUGAGUUCCUUCGAAGCAUCGGGCUCACUCCGGAAGAUACUCUCAUCUGCAUCACCCGCUUUGCUCAGGUUCUGUCGCUCUCGGUCGACACGUGCCUCCGGCCAAAGUACGAAUACCUAGUCACCCACUUGGGGGGAUCCCCAGAGACCAUAGUCAAAUUCCCGGCCUACUUCAGCCUCUCUUUAAAUCUGCGCAUAAUUCCCCGGUAUAAGUUUCUGAGAGAGCUGGCCCCCGGAGAGCCCUUCCCGACCUCCCUUUUCAUGCGAUUCCUCCGCUUGAAGGAAGACCAGUUCGUUUCGGCGGUGGGCAUGACUGCGCGCAAGCAGGGGCUGAGACAAGUAACGGUCAGCGAGCAACAUAGACCUCGUUUAGCUUUGACAGGUGGGCACGAUGAUUCAAAUGAGUCAAAUGGUAAAGGAAGGAGAAUCAGAAGAGAGGGCGAGGUACAGAAGCAGGAAGGUGGUUCUUUUGAGUUAAGUGUAGCAGAGCCAAAGGAGGCAAUCGCAGCGGCGACGGCCUUUCAACCCAUAGGAUUAGAAGGGAUGCCGGGUCGCUUCCGGCGUAAUCCCCGGCAGUAGCUUAGUUUCUUGGGUAACGCGCGCGGGUACAAAGGUAAAUAGGCAUAAUUGAAUGGCUUUUGCUUCGGCGCCCAGCCUCGGGGGCUGCGGACAAUUGAGCAGGGCUUGCAGACAACGAAAUUUCGAAUGGUCGCGUGCGCCAUGAUCGGAAGAUCAUAUCCAAC